GCUCCCCGAAGUUACAGUUAGAAAAUACCUGUCUUCCCCGCCUUCAGGAGGAAGAGCAGCGAAGGCUGAUUGUAAUGUCUGGCAACUCAAGGGAAAGUAAAGGAAGAGAGGCAAGUCUUAACCGCUACUAUACCAUCACUCAGCGUGCGGAAACUUUGUGAGAGGAGGAGGAAAAGUCGCAUCUACGAACUGGACAAAGCGAGCGGAAGGGGGUGGAGAGGGCAGAAAAGCCCAGGGUUGAUUGUUUGCUUCAGCAAGGCGGCUUUGAUGGGCGCGAGGCGGGACACUGCAGCUGAGCAAGAUCAGCUUGGCGGCUGAAAGAAGCGAAGAACUUUUGUUUUGUUUUUUAAUAUAAAUAUUCCUAUAUGGAAUAUAGGAGUAGCUGCACAAGAAGACUCGUCUUUGCGUUUAAUUAAUUUCAAAGCCGGUGCUGCUCCAGGAAAAGAAGGGAGAGAAGAAAAAAACAGCUAUAGGCGAGAAAAAGUGAGAAUUACCUUUCGCCCCAGCUGCUGCGUUUCUCCCCCACUCGCGCACACCCACUCCUCCUCCUCGCUUCCCUUGUUUGUUACUGGGGUUGCAGCCAGAGGCUUAUUAGCUAAGCGCCCCCCUCCCGCCCCGUAUCUGUGUCUUUCGCUGUCUCUUUCAAGUUGGCCCCAGUUGGCAGGCAGUUUGGGAAGCUGGAGCGUUCAGAAAGCACUUGACGUUUCUUUCUGCGCAAAUAUGAUUCUCCCGCCUUGAAAAGAUUGGGGCACCGCCGAAGGGCAGAAUCGCCGAAGUUUCUCUGGAUUUGCUUCACCGCUGGAUCGCCUCUGCUUCCUAGCUCCUUUUUAUCUGUUCGGUUAAGAAAGCCUCCAUUUCUUUUUUCCCCCCUCUCUCUGUUUUGUGCAUCUGGGCGUGAGUGAGGCUCUGUUUGUUUUUUCUCGGAGCUUGGGAAGAGGAGGACGGGGCAACGAGACCCCUGGCUUGCCUGCUUUCCCUCGCACCUUUUCCCCCCCUCCCCGCAACUCCGGGUCUGGGGAGGGAUAAGGUUUCACUUGGUCCCAACUGACUGUGUGCGCGUUUGUUAGGAGAAGAGCGAGAGCAUCCCGGGAGGCAGAUUGGCUGACUCGAGUUCGCCAGCCGGGCUGAGGCGUCCCUGUGGCCGGCGCCUGCUCUCCUCCGGAGCUGCAUUCCUCCCCUGCUUCAAGGCCGCGGAAAGUGGGGUGCUGCAAACGGGGAUUUUUAUUUUUACGGGAGACGCUCCUCGCCUUUUUCUUGGAUCCACCAUCUGAGGCUGCCAGGGCUGCCUUUGGGUCUGGCUUCUAUUCUUCGCCGGCUAUGAAGGUUCUGUCUUGAAGAUGGAGACUCUCUGGCUUGUAUUCAUCUCGCUGGUCCCGGUGUACAUCAGGGGACAAGGGGUCUAUGCUCCUGCCCAGGCCCAAAUCAUCCACGCUGGGCAGGCAUGUGUUGUAAAGGAAGAUAACAUCAGUGAACGAGUAUACACUAUCCGAGAAGGUGACACCCUUGUUCUGCAGUGUUUGGUUACGGGGCACCCACGGCCACAGGUGAGGUGGACCAAAACUGCUGGCAGCGCCUCGGACAAAUUCCAGGAGACGUCGGUGUUGAAUGAGACCCUUCUGAUUGAGAAGAUCCAGAGGCUGCAGGGGGGUCGCUAUUACUGUAAAGCAGAGAAUGGGGUUGGGGUCCCAGCCAUCAAGUCCAUUCGAGUAGAUGUGCAGUAUUUGGACAAGCCUGUCCUUACUGUCCAUCAAACUAUCAGUGAUGUCCGUGGGAGUUUUUAUCAUGAGAAGACAGUCUUCCUUCGAUGCACAGUUAGCUCUAAUCCACCUGCUCGCUUCAUCUGGAGACGGGGUUCCGAGACUCUUUCCCAUAGUCAGGAUAAUGGAGUGGAUAUCUAUGAACCAUUGUACACAGAGGGAGAAACCAAAGUUCUGAAACUGAAAAAUCUACGACCUCAUGACUAUGCCAGUUAUACAUGCCAGGUAUCUGUCAGAAAUGUGUGCGGCAUUCCUGAUAAGACGGUUACCUUCGAGCUUACCAACACAACUGCUCCACCAGCUCUAAAAUUAUCUGUGAAUGAGACUUUAGUGGUAAAUCCAGGGGAUAAUGUUACCAUACACUGCACGCUAACAGGCGGGGAUCCUUUGCCUCAGGUAGUCUGGUCUCACUCACCCGGUCCUAUGCCUCUGAACAGCCUGAUUCAAGGGGGCAAUCUUACCAUCUGGGGCAUCCAAACAGAAGAUUCAGGUUAUUACAACUGUACAGCCAUCAACAAUGUGGGGAAUCCAGCCAAGAAGACAGUGAACCUAUUGGUGCGAUCCAUGAAGAAUGCAACAUUCCAGAUCACUCCUGAUGUCAUCAAAGAGAGUGAAACCAUCCAGCUAGGGCAGGACCUGAAGCUCUCAUGCCAUGUGGAUGCUGUCCCACAAGAAAAAGUUUUCUACUUCUGGUACAAGAAUGGGAAGCUGGCCAAAUUCUCAGAUCGAGUAGUUGUCAUCAAGAAUGACCCAGAACUCCCCCCAGUGACAAGCAGCCUGGAGAUAAUUGAUCUUCGUUUCACUGACUAUGGUACAUACCUGUGUGUGGCAUCUUUCCAAGGGGCACCCAUCCCUGACCUCAGUGUUGAGGUGAAUAUUUCUUCAGAAACAGUCCCUCCAACCAUCAUGGUGCCCAAGGGUCAAUCCAUCAUUACUGUCCGUGAAGAUUCGAAAGCAGACUUACAGUGUGAAGUCCGAGGGAAACCCAAACCUCCCAUCAUCUGGUCUAGAGUUGAUAAAGAGGCUCCUAUGCCUUCAGGUACCAUGACAGUGGAGACCAACGAUGGGAAACUGCAUUUUGAAAAGGUGACUCAAAAAAUGAGUGGGAUUUACAAAUGCCAGACAGCCAGAUACAAUGGCUUCAACAUUAGACCCCGAGAAGCCCUGGUGCAACUCAAUGUACAGUUCUCCCCUGUCGUGGAGCCCAUCUUCCAGGAUAUUCGGCAAGCCAUGGGACGUAGUGUAACCCUUCGCUGUACCAUGUUAAAGGGAAGCCCUAUGAAAGUGGCUACAGCUGUCUGGAGAUUUAAUGGUAGUCUUCUAACAGUGCCUCCAACAGAGCAGCAAGACUAUUCAGAAUAUAGAGUGGACAGUGUAAGCCGAGAGACGAGUGGCAGCUAUGAAUGUAGUAUCUCCAAUGACGUUGGGGUGGCAGUUUGCAAAUUCCAAGUAUCAGCUAAAGCUUAUAACCCAGAGUUUUACUAUGAUACCCCCAAUCCGACAAGGAAGCAAUCCAAGAACUACUCCUAUGUCUUACAGUGGACACAGAAGGAACCUGAUGCUGUUGAUCCCAUUCUUAGUUACCGUCUAGAUGUCCGUCAGCUGAAUCACAGGGACUUGCCCCCUAAAUCCAUUUCUGUGAGGAAGAUGGAAAAGGGCAUGUUACAGGAAUACCUCCUGACUGACUUGAAGGUGCCUCAAAGCUAUGAAGUUCGCUUGACACCCAUAACCCGGUUUGGGAUGGGGGACAUGGCUUCUCGCAUCAUCCGCUAUAUAGAACCAAUCAGCUACCCCAACCCAGUAGGUAACACCUGCCACUUUGAAGAUGAGAAGAUCUGUGGUUAUAUCCAGGACACAACAGACAACUUUGACUGGAUUCGUCAAAGCAGUCUAACCCAUGAUCCGAAGCGCACCGCCAACACAGGCCCCACCAUGGAUUUCAGUGGGACACCAGAAGGGUACUACAUGUUCAUUGAAGCCUCUGCACCCCGAGUGAAGGAUGACAAAGCUAGGCUGAUCAGCCCUACGUACAACAUGACUGCCAGAUUCUGUGUCUCCUUCUAUUAUCACAUGUAUGGGAAGCACAUUGGCUCCUUAAAUCUUCUGGUUCAUGUGAAGAAUAAGCAACCCACUCAAGCCUUGUCACUCAAAGGGGACAAAGGAAAUAUGUGGCAACAAGUACAUGUACCCAUCAACCCUGCAGGACCUUUCCAGAUCAUCUUUGAAGGUGUCCGUGGGACAGGUUCUGAGGGAGAUAUUGCCAUUGAUGAUGUUACUCUUAAAAAAGGUGAUUGUCCAAGAAAGCCAAUUGUCCCAAAUAAAGACUCCAAAGGCAAAGCAGUAAUUGACUGAUGGCUAAGUUCAGCCACUGUAAAGGUAUGUGGAGUUCUAGUGGGACUUGGUAGAUUCAUUGAAAUCAACUGCAGGAGUUUUGUCACCUUUUCCUUAGAUAGCCAUCAGUAUUCCUAGAUAGCACUGAAAUCUUUGCUUGAGCAACCUCAGUUAGGGUGCAUAAUGUUUAGCUUAAUCACAAGCUGCCCUAGUUGCCUACCAACAAAGUGUUGACUAAUAGUGAAAGACUUAUAUCAGUCAAAUAUGAUUUUGCCUAAGAUGUUGAGACUUAGACUGCACUGUAUUACUUUAAAAGUUCAAGUCUCCUUCAAGAGGAGCUCAACUCAUGAACACAUCCAUGUAGUUUUCUUACAACAGUACAGAAGUGGAUUCCCAUUUCUUUAUCUCAGAUACUUUUUCAAUGUUCCACUCUAGCCUAUAGCCCUGGGAUCUUCUGGAUGUCCUCCACCCAGAUACUAAACAAAUUCAACCUCUUAGGUUCUCCAGAUCAGCCAAAGUCAAGUAGAUGAUGCCAACUAGCUGGGCAAUCUACUAUUAAUCUAUCAAAUAUUAGCCAAAACUGUGGGGAAUGUUUUCCUUUGGUAAGCCCAUCCUGAGGGAACAAAAACAGGUGAAGAGUGUUGGCUAUUGACAGCGCCAGGAACCCUUGCAUAAGCUAAAUUUUGUGCACAUUGGACUGUGUGCCACACACAUGUCAACAUGAUGGCUCUCAUUCUUGUGCCCACUCCAUUAUAUCAGAUUUACAUAAGUCAGGACUUACAUUACUCAGGUAUUACCUGUAGUAUAAAUGACUUCCCUAGCUACAUGGGGAUUGAGCAGCAGGGAUCAUGUAGCUCUAAUUCAUCUUGGUGGAAGUCAUUUUCUCCAAUGCCCAAAUGUCAAAUUAUGCAGUAAAUUUCACUGAGUUAUGUAGCUAAGUGCUUAACAAAAUUCCCAAUUUUUCACUUCAACUUUUGAAUUUGCAGUUGUUUGGAGUACAUAUUUUUGUGCAUUUAUGUGUGGGAUCAGACUGCUGUUAGAGAAAGGCUGUGUAGUACAUUCUACCUUUCUGACUGCAGUUAUUUUACAAGCAUGUACUUUCAUUGUAGCUUUAAGCCAUUUGAUCCAACCUCAUCAGUUUUGAAACUCUACUCAAAUCUCCUAUGCUCUUAGUAGCCAACAUAUUCCUGAAAUAUACAACUGUCAUAUUUUGAAACAUUCUUCCUGUCAGAAAUAAAAGUACUUUUAAUCUUUUCUAAUGAUUUACUUACUAGUUCCACAUUUAAAAUCUGCUUUUAAAAAAUUAUAAUGAGGACCACGAUUCAUUUUCAAGAUACAGAAUACAUGCUUUUGAUGCAGUUUGCCACACCUUGAUGGUCUCCAGACAUGUUGGGAGUUACAAUUCUAUCCCUCUGGAGGGUAUCAGGUUGAGAAGAGUACCGUUCAGUAUCCAAAGACCAAAUUUUUGCUAUUCCUGUCAUCGAGAGUUGGCAGCCAAAUGUACAUGCUGAUAUAUUUCAAGUCAUCCAAACAUUUACUAGUAAAUUCCACUCUAGCCAGCACUGGACUAAAUAGAAAAAUGUUUUUAUUUAGUAUAAGCCAGGUUGCCUUAUGUUCAUUUUGUAUAAGUCCUGUGUGUUUGAAAUUGUCCUCAAAAUCAUGACAUGGAUGUUUCACCUUUCUGAACCAAGUCUCUGCUUUUUUAGUUCAUGAUUUGUCUCACUUGGGCUAACCUGCCGAGAUUUCUCAAAUCAUAUUUAAGUCCUGCAUUUUAACCUGUGUGCAAAUGUUGUUUGUGGAGCUAGUUACACAGAAAAGACAUUUAGCAAUUUUGGGGAGAGCCAAUCAGUUGAACAUACUAUAAAUUAGAUAGUCCAUGUGAUAUUGGGUAUGAUGUAUGUUUCCUUAAGCUCCAUGUUUUAAAAAACAUGUUUUUAAAGAUUUAAUAUGGCUCUUCAUAACUGAGGCAAUGGAGGGGACAUGUAAAUAAAAGGCUCCAUUGCCCCCUGCUGGCUGGAUCCAGAACUGGUAAAACUGAUGUAGCCUAGGAGUUCAUUUCACAGUUAAACUACACAUUACAUCUAACCAUAUGUAAGAAAAAUGUUAUGGUUUAUUUCUUUACUGAAAAGAAACUUCACAAGGAUUUUUUUUUUUUUUUAGAGAAAUCACUAUUUUAGAAAUUCAGAAAGUGGAGGUCCUAACAGUCAAAUGGUGCCCAGCUGAGGGUAGCUUGUCUAAAACCAUUUGAGAAAGAGCUACAGUGGAAAAUUAACUAGCCAACAAACUUUGACCAUAUUGCUUGCUUUGUUAGCUCAGAAACAGUCCCCCUUUAAUUCCAUUUAAUGAAGAAAUAAAUGGGCUUUUGAUGUGUUCUUGCAGGUAAUUUGCAUCUACUCUAGAUGGUGGGUGAUAUUUUAAAUGAUGAGGCAAAACUGUCUUUAUAGUUGAGGAGGCUCUAAAUAACUGCGGGGCCUCCUCAUCAGUGGGAGACCUCCAGCAGACUGAUCAGGUAAAAGAUGCAGGGAACAGUGGUAACGUGAUCAGUUUUGGAGAACAGGCCUUUGGGUGGGUGGGUGUACACACCCAAAUUAUUUAACCCCCAUCCCCAUCCUUAAUUCCCUUAUUUUCUCUUUCCAAGCAAAAAGUAAUCAGUUGUUCCUUGUGAAACAAAAGUUCCAAGUACUGUACUCGAUUUGUUUCAAAUCUGACAACUUAUUUGUGAGAUAUGUUGUCUGAUUGGUCAGGAAGGGAAUCCUAUUUGUGACUGCUUGGGAGGGAACCUCUAUAAAAAGGCCAAUAGUUUAAUAUUAAUAUUAUAUGCAUAUUGAAUUAUAGAACAGCUUCCACUAAAUGCCCUGAGCUGAAAAUAUACUGGGGGCAUUGUGCUAAAUUAAGAUGAGAAUCGGUAACCAGUCUGCAUGCAUAUUUCAAGAAGCACUUGAAAUUCAUUUUUGCCAUUCUUUUAACAAUCACAUUCUCAAACUAGCUGUAAAUUUUGAAUCCUGUGGUAUAUACAGUCUGUCUAGGUACUAUAUAAGAUGUAUAAGAUGGGAGCUCAGUUUUGAAGUAGGAAAAAAACACUAAUACAUGAGAAUUAGAUCUCUGAUAAGAUAGGGAAAGUUGAAACAUAUAUGACCUGUUAUGUAAUUUAUAAAAUUAAGAUAUAACUUUCUAAAGUCCAUAGCUGGAAUUGGAAAGCCAAACGCAUGUGAAAUUGAAUGUUUAUGUACUGAUAAAGAAAUGUCAGUACCUACACUAGUUUGAUUAGCAAAAAUGACCUAGUGCACCUUGUGUCUUCUGUUCUCUAUCAGUCACCACCCCAGUUGCAAUCUUUAAAAAAAAAAAAACUGAUACUUAUAUCAUUACAUUUCCAAACUUCUCUGGCCAAAACAGUUUAGGGUGGAACAACAUAAACAUCUGAUAUUUAACCUUUCAAGAGGCAAGCAGGAUAUAACUGAUAUCGUAUGUGGCUUUCCCUUUUCCCCAAAGUUAAUUGUCUGGAGCAGAGCAGAGAAUGAAAAAAGUAAGCCAUCCUGUUCCAAUGCAUCACUUCCAUAGUCUUCAAAUCUUCUUAAUAUAGCUCAAAAUUUUUUAAAAAUUAACACUGGGGAGGGAUAAUAAUAGAGUCAUUGUUCUGCAACAUGCUGUGUAUAGAUUUUUACCUUGCUACAAGCUGUUUCUGGUUGAGAUAAGUAUUCCACAUGCGAAAAUGUUAAUAACAUGUAAAAAUCCCUUCUUUGAGAGAAAUUUGUGUUACUAAAUUGCACAAGAUUAAAAUGGUAUCAUUAAGAAACUGUUGCACAGUUAAGAAUAGGAUAAUGGAACCUGCCUUCAGCCCAGAUUUCAUAUGCUUGUACUUGCAGUUCAUAGCUAUUAUUUCCUGAUGUAAGGUGCCAGAGGAGCAGGUGGUUACUAGAGUGUGAAAAGGGAAUUGUUAUGCUUUCUGGUCUUCAAAGAGAAAUAAUUAAGAUCGCGUCAUUAGCAAGUUACUGGAGCCGGUCAGCCAUUUUGGUUCAGGGGGCUGAAAGCCAGAGCCCAUGAGUUGCUACAAAAAGACUCUGGGUCAACAGACAGAGCAAGAUGGUCCUUUGGUGUCUGAUGUUCUUCUCAUCAAGACCAUGAGAAGAAAAUGGACAGUUCUGGCUUCAUUCUCUGACUCUGGUUUCAUCUUCAUUUCAUGCACCUUCUUUGCUUCUCAUGAAGCUUAUCGUCGUCGUCAUCAUCAUCAUCAUCAUCAUCAUCAUCAUGCAGAGGUAGAAAGUAUCUAAUAAUGAAAAUAAUAAAAGCACAGAAUAUGAAGGGACUAAAAGAAUGUUUGAAACAGGGUGAGAUGUUUUAUAAGCUUCCCCAUCAAGCAUACUCUGACCAUUACUGUGUUCCCUGAAAAAUAUCAACAUGGACUAUUUUAUUCCAAUAAAGCUGCAGUAUUUGAAAAAUGCAAGUGCAUGUGUGUUUCCAUCAGUUCUCUCAGCAAGUUAAAAUUUAAUAUAGCAAACUACAAAACCAGUUAUGAGGUGCAAGAUGACAAAGGAGACCUAAAUGUACUGCAAAAGAGUGAUGCAACCUUUAAGGGAGCCACCAGAAACUCAUAUCGGUUGUUCCUCUUCUUCUCCCACCCCCCAAAUACACAUGCAGUGUAUCUAUCUAUCUAUCACUGUGUCACAAGAGUUGGUAAGAUCUUCUUUCCUUUAUACUGGUUUUCCCUAUGAGGGCCCAGACAAAAGCCUGAAAGCAACUCCCGUGACUGAUAACUAGUUCAGGAACUCACCUGGAUGCCCCAUUCCACUGUUCUUUGCUUUCACCUCUCCAGGUAUGUAUCACCUUCUUCUGGAAUUCAGGCAGAAAGAAAGAGCAAAACUAGCUCCCAUGUGUACAGGCUGAAAAAAACAGUUAUCCAAUGAUUGUGUCAGCUCUUGAUGAACAAUUUCUGUAAAGUACAAUAA